AUGCACCUAAUUCAUCUAAGCAAAUAUGUGGCUGUCCUGCAGGCAGAUGGACAUCAGCUUAUUCUGGAAGACAUACCAGACUGGAACGCUGUAGAGCUGGUGGGCAAUGGCAAGACUGUAUCUCACUGCAACAUCAAUGACCUGGAUAUUGGAGGUUAUGGCAAGUUGCAUCCACUUUGUGGAGAAGCCAGAAAAGCAGUGUUAAAUGCUUACUGA